CAAGUGCCUAGGCAGGCAGGCAGGCAGCCUUCCUCCCGCUCCCUCCCUCCCCGACAUCAGAUGCCUGGCUGGCUCCCACACGCAUGCUCCGAGCGGCACUUUCUCGUCGCCAGCAGCGCCCGGAGCAGCCGCGCAGGGCGAGCCGCGGCGCCUUUCCCGCACCCCGGGGCAGCGCAUGACUCCAGCAGAGUCCUCCAAGAGAGGUGCAUGGAAUAGCAUGGCAGAAGUUUUGUCUCGAGAUGGGCAGUGCUAAGCAGCCAGAGGCGUUGCAGUUGUUGAACCAAGAUGCAGUUCCAGAAGAUGCUCCCCAGCCCAGCAGCAGCUUACCUUGCAGUCAGGAGAAAGACAGCUGUCUCCAACACACCCGAUGUGACGGAGGAGAUCUCACCAUGAGGAACUGCUGUGUGAAUGACCUUGGCACCAAAGACGGCAGCCAAGAAGACACCAUGGUGGACAACCCAGACCAGAAGGAGAAGGCACCAGCUGUAGCCACAAAGCCUUCCAUGGAACUAGUCACUGACACAGGUACCGUGGUUCUGAAAGAUGCAACGGCUGGAGGAACCACCUUGGAAGAGGACGGGGAACGGGCAGCCCAUCAUGACUUGCGGCACAACAGCAAGCAGGGCUCAAGCUGCAGGGAUCUUCCCAGUAGCUUAUCCAAUACCUGCAACCCUCUGGAAAGUAAAGCUGUUCCUGGAGAUGUCGGUACGCAUCUCCCGGCAGAGCCCUGCCUAAAGGCAACCAACAAGGACCCUUCCAGUGCACCAGCCUCCCUGAAACAUGUGGCAUUUCUUGAACCAACCAAAAAAACCGCUGAGGCUGAGAUCAUCCAAGCAGGAACAGCACAUUCCGAGGGGGGUCCUGCACUUCCCACAUGCCUGAAAAACACAAGCCAAGGACAGCCAGGUGCCUCCAAGGGAGAUAUAUCACACUUCAGCAGUGAUGUCUGUGAAGCAGCGGACCACUUGAGUGAAGGACACGGAGGUCCCCUCGCAUCAGAAGCUCCCAAGGAGUUUACUCAAGACCCCUUGGCAGCUGAAGCCACAUCAGGGAAGUCAGGCAGACCAGCGACAGAAACAGACCAGUUGGGGGACCAUAGCAGGGAAGUGAGGUUCCCUGCUGCGGAGGCUAACACAGCUGGGAACUCCAGUAGAGUGCCAGGAAACCCUGUGGCUGCCGUUCCUCAUGAAGCCAAGGGCACAUCAGGUGAGUCACAAACAACCCCAGGUGAAGCCACCAAGGAGGCGGAAGGGCUCAGAGAAGUGACACCCUCUGAGUCCAAGGGUCAAAACCAAGCUCAGGAACAACAAACACCAGAAAUGACCAGUGUGGCUGUGAGUGAGGAGCGCACAACAGACGUCGAGAAGAGGUCUGUGGAACUUCUCACCCAAACCUGCUCACUUGAGGUCACUCCCCCCCAGCACGACGCUGGGACUCAAGUUGACAAUCGCGUGUCUUUGGUGUCGGUGGCCGUCAGCCCCAUCAACCCGCCCGACGGCUCCUCGGCUUUCACUUUCCACACAAGGGGCUUGGGGGCCUCCUCUCUGAAGAGCCCUGGCCCGGAGCAGAAGCCAGCCAAGAGAGAUGCAGAGAUGCAGGUGUCCAUCCCGGUGGAGACCAGGUCCGUGGCCACGGGGCCCAUGACUCCCGUGACCAAAUCUCCCCAAGCGACCUACCCUGAGGUGCACGUGAAAGGGGCCCAGGAGGAGACACCCGAGCCGGUGCGGGAGGUCAGCUGGGACGAGAAGGGCAUGACGUGGGAAGUGUACGGCGCCUCCAUGGAGGUGGAGGUGCUGGGCAUGGCCAUCCAGAAGCACCUGGAGAAGCAGAUUGAAGAGCAUGGCCGGCAAAUGGUGAUGACACCUCAGAGCACCCGUGCCAGCUCCAUCAAGGGGGCUCCCCCCAAGGGGGAGGUCAAGAGGCAGCCCAGCGUCUUCAGGGCACUCCUGCAGAAUGUGCGGCGGCCCCGCUGCUGCUCCCGAGGAGGACCCACUGUGGAGUGAAGGGGGGCCCAGGCCAACUCUAGGGUUUUCUUAUAGCAGUUGGAACGUGCAAAUGUUACAUAGUUUCUCAGGCAAUGUGUGGGACGGUCCCUUUUGAAUCUCUCAAGUCCCCAGGGUUACGGCACUCAACACCCCUGAUGUCUCCUGGAAAUGCAGGCCAAACCCUAUAUAUUACAAGCAAAUAGCACCUUGCCCAGUUCUGAAGCACUUGACAUGUCUCAGCCAGCAGCGCUUACACUGCCACACACGCUUGGCAGUGCCGCUUUGCAUCCUGGGACAUGUAGUCUUCACAGUGCCAAGCUCAGAUGGUUAUAUGCAGGGCUCUCAGCAACUUGUCUGUUUGCUACAGACUGGAGACGGCUCUCAGACAUUUUGGAGACCCAUGUUUAGGAAAGUUUGGUGUAGCAUUUGUGGAGAUCGCUGUACUAGCAGUAUCCUAUCUUGGGUCUAGAAUGGAUUAGUAGUAGGGGCUGCCAGAUCACAGCUUUUAGAGAACAUGUGCAUAGAUUGGGAUUCCCCCCUCCCAGUGCCAAUAGGUUAAGACACAGUCUGAAAUCUUCACAAUUAUUUCUAGAAGUACAGUAUAUGUUUUAACUUAGGGGUAGCAGCAUGGUAGCAUUCUAAAGGUGAUUUUGGCUGAAUGAUCAUGUGUCAGGUCUUGAGAAAGCCAUCCAAUUGAACAACUUUAAACAAAAUAAGCAAGUUUGCCUAAUAUUGUUCAGUUGCAUAAUUUUAUGGUGCCCACAGAACUUGAGUGUUCUUGCUGUGGAGAUUGAUUGCACAGAAUAUAACGAGUUUGGGGCAUUAUAGAAUCAUAGAAUUGUAGAGUUGGAAGGGACCCCUGAGGGGCAUCUAGUCCAACCUCCCCCCAGUUGCAGGAAUCAAAGCUAAAUAAUCCCUGACAGGAGAGAGUCCACUGCCUUUUGAGUCCAGCACCAGACUGCCUUCCCUAUUCUAAAGGACCAUUUCAAGAGAAAGCAGGGGCUGGGAGAAAAGUCCAAUAAGAGUAAGCAGGCUCAUCCUUGUGCAGGAGAGAAUUUGGAUGAAAUAUUUAAUCUCCUCUUAAUUGCACUCUCGACCUUUGCCUGCAGCCCUGCAAGUCUGUUCAAGGCAAGUCCCUCAGAUCCCUCCAUUCCCUUUGCUAGAGGGUCCUGCUGAGUCCCAGUGGUGGCAUCUUGCAUUACAGGCUGAUGCCGCCACCCGACCAACUUGCCUGAGAAACUAAUAAUUUGGAAGGUCCCGCGUCUUGUGUGCGAGAGUGUGGCUCGAUGCGUGCUCUGGCUUGUGUGCAUGUGAGCGUGCGUGCCAUAGCCCCUUUUCCUGUCAAUGCUAUUCCCCUGCCACCCGGGAGCAAAGAGGCCUGUUGCCAUCAGAAACGUGGCUCAUUUUUAUGUUCCUGACUUUUUCAAGAGAUCUGGGGUGGGGUGGGGUAUUUUAUUCAUAUGUGUUGGAAUAUGGGGGCUUUUACAAAACACUCUUUACUCUGUUGUGUUUACUCUAAAUCAGGUUCUUGUUUCUCUGAAGGUGUCUUGAAGAUGCUGAUUUCUUUUUCCUGCCUCCCCCAUUCCCCGCCCCCUCCCAACAAUAUUUUAUGCAUUGGGAUUUGGGGUUUUGUGGCUUUCACCCCUAAGAAAUGAAAUCUGUGAAGGCAUAGAUGAGAGAUUAUUUGACACUGUGUAAAAAGAGAGCAGGGGACACUUACACGGUGGAAACCAAGACUUGUUUUUUGGAGGGGAGCUCCUUCCUCCAGAGUAGCUGCACUAGGUACACCUCCUUCAAGGAUGUUUUCAGUUGUGAAAUGUAGUGCCAAAAACUGACACCCACACUCACUUUUGAUAGAGUUGGAGAGCACCUCUGCUGUUUGUAGUACUACCCUGAUUUUGCCAGAAGACUUCGUGUUGAUUUCUGUUUACAAGUCUCCUCACCUCUCUGUGAAUUAUAGUUUCCGAAGUUUUUUUUAUCUGGCUGGGCUUCUGUGUCUUUAACCAUUGCCCAGAAGGAGGACAUUUGGGUUCAGCUUUUCCCAGUGUGCAUCUAAGGCAAGCAGGAUGGGAGUUUUCAGCCAAAUUUCCUCCUCAAGGAACAACCCCACUUAAAAACAAAAAGCAGUCCUACUAUAAAUGCAGGUGCUAGGAAGUUUGGGGCUUUUUCCCCACAGAGGGGCAGAAUUUAUGUCCUUUUAGUUGUAACAACAUUCAGCAUCCUAACUGCAACACUGUGAAGAGAGGAUCUAGGCCUGAAGAAUCUCGCUGUUCCUCAGUGCUCUCUUAGAUCUGGGAUGAGGGCCCUGCUUCCUUCCAGGUGUUGUUAGACUACGUCCCAUCAUCCUAGACCACUGGCUUUGAUGGAUGGGCCUGAUGGGAGAUGAGGUCCAAAGCCAGCUGGACGCACACAGGUUUAGCAUUCUGCUCUUGCAAUGCAGAUUGGCCAACAUGGUGAAGCUGACCAACAUGCUAGAAAGUUCUGGUGGAGUGGUGGCUGCGGGGCUUUUCCUUCUAAUGCCAUCCCAUUCAGCUGGGAAGGGCUUGCCUUAAAUCUGGAUUGCCCCUAGGCAGCACAAGCCAGCAGUAUCAUGUGCAGAUCUUGGGAGAGAGAACUUUUCUCCACAAACAAAGAACCACACUGUUGGCUCUUUAAAAGGACCUGUGUGUACCAAUACAGAUGGAGAAGAGACAGAGUGUGCUUGUCUGCUGUCUGCAAGAAGAGGUACGACUUCCGGCUGUUCUCUCUCGAGGGUGUACUGUACAAUCUUCACCUCAACCAGGUUCCAAUGAGUGGUAUCAAUGUGCUGGUUCACUUGGCUGACACAAGCAUUCGUGACAAAUUCAGUUCAAGGCACUUCCACAAAUGGAACAGGGGAAAGAACUGGUCCAAUACUGUCAUUGUAUUAGCAAGAGCUCUGCCUGCCCAAACCUAGCUCUGAAUCAGUCUAUUGCAGUUCCCCUUUGGGAAUAAGUAGACAUGUACAGGAACUGACCAUAGAGGGGUUUCUACAGUGCCCAGUGCUCACAAGUAGCCUUCCAGUUGCAAGACAUGGGGGCCAAGCCCUGUAAGAGUUUAGGUGCCUUGUGGAUCUGGCAUGCUAGUAGGUCUACACACAGAGAAACUUGAGUUUCUGGCACCAGCAUUCUUCUUAAGAGGGACUUGGCCAACUCUGCAGCGCUAUGCUGCAAGAGGCACAUCUAGAACCAUACAAGUGAGGAGCUGGGAAGAGGCAUCCCAUCUGAGACAUGUCAGGCCACAAGGUGCAGGCAUCUGCACCCAAACCUGCAUCCAACUGCUGGCAGCAUCCCUGGGAUGUAGGAUGCUGAGCAUGUAGACAGUACCACCCCCACCCCCACCCCAGGUUACUGGGGCCAUUCACAGAACUGCCGAGGACCCUUCCCAUUCCUAUGCCCUGCCUUGUGUGCUGUUCUCAGUAUGGUGUUCACGUGCCAUAUGGAUCUAUAGUACCAAGCAAUGAUGAGUUGUUGACAGUAACUUUGCCUUUUGGUUUCUAUCCCCCUCCCUUUCUUUAUUUGUUUAGGGUACAAACUUGUAAAACUGGCUGUUGGAUAAUAAAAUUUUUCUUCAAAAAAAAAAGCAACCACCUCAA